GCUUGUUGCAUGCCCCGCGUCAGGUGAUGCAUUCAUGGCUGGGAUUUCCUCACCAUGUUCAGACAGUGGGCUUCUUAUAAUGGUGUUAGACUCUGAUGAGUGUAAUGGCACAUUCUCUUUUAACAUAUUUAAAAAGGACUUCUGUGAAGUUUGGUGGCUUUUUGGCAGCUUAGAAUGAUCUUCCCCUGAAAUAUAUUCAACAGUGGCCCUAUAAAAUUUACCAUCUGACCACUUUGCUAAAACAGGAUCUCCUGAUCUAAGAUCUUGCAGCUGCACAGGCACGUUCUCACACCCUAAGCGUCGGAAACAAACGCUUGGUCACUCACUUUCUGCGUCAGUUACCAACGCAGAAAGUGCCCUUUUUCGUAUAUAUGUGACAAAAAGGAGUAUCCGUUGAUUCUAAUGCAAAUCCCAGUGCAGCGACACAGUGACGAGUUUGGAUGUUCUCUUGCGCUGCACUGAACACGCAUAUUUCCCCAUCAUUUGGAUAACUUUGAGUAUUUUUCUGACAUCUGUGGAGCCACAUUUAAACACGGACUUUGCGGCAGCUUAUGCUUACAUUUAUAUAAAUUGUGUGGACUUCUGAACGUAACUACGAGUCAUCUACGUCAUCUAUGAGAAUCGAUUUAUUUACAAUACAGUUAUAAAACACCGGCAUGUUUAUUUAACUGCUCGAGACAACAAUUUUCAUUUAUUUGUCAGUAUAAGCCGUGUUUAUAAACUUAUUUGUUGCGUUAUGGCAAGCAUAACAAACUGCGUUUCCCACAAUCCUCGGCUGCGGGCAGAGAAGAAGCACUUUGUAGUAAUAAGCUGGUUUUAUGUCAAGAAACGAGUUUUAUUGUUUCUGACAGUUCUGUAACCCACUCGGUUGCUAAAUUUUAAAUCUCAAAUAUUUGUUACAGUACAGUAAUACAUUUUAAAGUGAUUGCAAUAGUAGUUCACAAUUUUUGUUUUCGUUUUUCCGGGCACCCAUGGUCCGGAAGUAGAUGGGCGUGACUUAGGCUCCUUUUUUAACCAAAACAAUUUAUUUAUUGACUGUUGUAAUAUAGCGCUAAAUAUAAUAUAAUUAUUUUUCAUCUAAAUACAUUUUCAAUCUAAAUACACAAUUAUUUACAAACGUGCUUAUAUCACGUGAUAGAAUGCUACAGGUCCCGCGUAAACUGGUCGUCCGGUCUUUCCGUUUACUCUCCUUUCAGUAAGUAGAACAUUUUCUAAUCCGUUAUGAUUGAUUACACAAAAACACUUUGAAAUGCCGUUCUUAUCAUUAUAUGUACACUUUAUAAAUACGCGUGUAUAAUUUUCAAUGACAUUUUAAGAAAAAGGUAUUGAAAGAAAAUCCAGAUAACAUGUAAACUAAGCUAUGUAAACUUUUACCGUGUCAGACUUUGAUGUGCAACCGACAUUUGUUUUCUCUUUCAACAGCUGCUGUCAUUUUGAUCUAUCUGAACCCCAACUUUUCAUCAACACAAAGGCACUUUUUAGAGCCACGUCUGUUUUUUGUAAUUUGUCUUCUGUUUGUCACACUUGUUUUCCUUUGGUUUCGUCUUCUGUGUCUGACUGUUUAGUUUGUUUACUGUAAUUGUUGUUCUGUCUGUGUGGGAAAUAUAGCCUGUGUGCAUUCGUGUGUGUGUGUGUGUGUGAGAGAGAGAGAGAGAGAGAGAGAGAGAGAGAGAGAGAGAGAGAGAGAGAGGUAUUCCUCAUUAACAAUGAGUGAGAGUGAGCUGCAGGAUUUACUGCAGAGCAUUGAGGGAUAGGUCACUGAGGACCUAAAAGACACCGAUGACUUCCUCAGUCAGCUGCAAAAUGAGAAAACUGCAAUACCAAUUGCAGCACCGAUGCCAACAGUGAGGUGGAAGAAGAGAAACAGUGGUGGAAACCUCAUCCACAGGAGACCACGGGCACUAAGGAACCAGUGCACUCAGGCUGGUCACAGUCUGUUGAUUGACACGGUCUCAGCUCCCGUCUCAGCUCCUGAUGUUGUCUUUGCUCCUGAGACAUGUGACGAGUUCAUGCGGGACCUCCAGCAUUCAUUUGCUGAUGUUGAGACUGAAGAAGUAUCCCCAGUGGUUCCCACUGUGACAUCAGCAAACUGGGGCUUAAGGAAAAUGAGAGAGCUGGAAAACUGGAGAUCUGUGAGGCCUUAUUUAGUCAAUACCCUGAUAUCAAAGGAGAAGGUGGAACCCAACUUAUGCCAGGAGUGUCAAAGCAAUGCAGCUGCUAUCCGGUGUCGGGAUUGUCGUCCACGGCCGUUCCUCUGUGGAGAAUGUGAUUUAAAUGCACACAGCCAACAUCCAUUCCACAAUAGAGAGGCCACUAUAGGAGGAUUCUUUGAGCCAUUGCCCCCAACCAAAGUUAUUAUAAAUGAAGCUCUUUGUCAUUGUGAACGAGUUGUACCUCUAGAGGUCCCUUCCAAAAUCUGCAGCUGUCCAGCUGAGUACUUGAAUCUCAGUGCCGGAAAGGUUGUGGCUGUGAUCACUAUGAACGAAAAUAUGUGA